AUGAGAUACUCACGCGAUCCAGCCGAAGAACCCACGUGGAAAUUCUUUCGGCAGCUACGAUUUUUGGAAAAAGGGGAUGAGGGGCCAUUGAGAGAAGACGGAACGAGUAGUAAUGAUGCUCCGGAGCUUACGGUUAAAUAUGAACCGCACAACAGCUCAUUCGAAGAGCGUAAUACCGAAAAUUCUAUGGAUAUUUUAUUGAAGGCAACCGAACAGCAUGCCCAGAACUCGAUGCUCGAGAAUAAGACCAAUAUUAUUCCGACAAUGUUGAGAGCGCAGCCAACGGUGCAACGGGAAGAGGCUGUGCCGGUAAAACGGCCUCGAGAGACUCCACUCCCGACGGUCAGUUCCCCACCAUUGCUGACAAUCAAUAGCGCCCAGGACGAUUUUGCGCAUUUUGGCCAAUAUGUUGCGGUUAUUUUGCGGAAAAUGGCCGGUGAGGGGAAUCGGCUGGAGGCGCUAAAGCUGCAAAAGAAGAUCUCCGACCUAAUCUUCGAGUCUCAAUUCGACAUGUGCCAGGAAAAA